AUCAGACCUACAAAGACACCACCGCGCCUCGACUGCAUGCGGGACGUUUGAGCGUUCACUUUUGUCGUCUCUUGGCCAGUCCUCGGUGCGAGUACCUUGAGAGAUCGUUUCUGCAUUGUACCCUAGCUUGCUGGACUCAAGCGUCAUCAUCCCUAUCGACCACCAUGCCGUCUCUUGCUUUCUUCGUCUCUGCAACUGUGCUGUUUGCUCAGUCUACAGUUGCUUUCAACUGUUCGACAAAACCUGUUUACGUCGAUAUCCACAAGCGCGCCGUUCACGAUUCACCAGUCUUUCAGUAUGGAUCUUUCAUCGGAGUCGGUACAGGCGAAACCGCGUCAGCAACGUCAGCACAGAAUCACAGCUUGUGGCCCUCGUUAUCGCAGAACUAUAUGUCGUUUGGAGCACACAGUUACUGUCAAAAGAGUACGCUCAGCAAGUGUGCUGACUCAACAGGAGGUUUCUACAGCAGUAACCAGUCUACAACAUUCAUCGAAUACAAAGACUUCAAGACACUAGAUGCGGACAGUAACAACACCCUCGAAGGCUACUUUGGACAAGACACUCUUAGACUCUAUACGCACUUCUUCGAAACGGACGGUGCAUCACAGACGCUUGUAGAGAACUCGACUAUAGAAGUCGCAACAUCAGGAGCUAUUGUACCUGGAAGAGUAGGAAUGGGUCCAUCUUCAACACUUCUACAAGAUCUUGCUGGUCGAGAGAUGAUCGCAGGCAAGACCUACUCCCUCUAUAUUGGCCAAGGUUUCGACCGCGCUGGCGGUAAGGUCAAUGGAAGCAACGUGUUCGGAGGCUACGACUCCGGCCGCUUCACCGGGAUACCGCAUCAAUACCCUAUGAACAUCAAUAACGUCAAUCCCAUGAGUGUGCGCAUUAAGGAUAUCGUCAUCACAAACACCAUGAGUGGGACGAACCAGUCUCUCUUCGACACCAAGGACUUCCCUGAUAUGAAGUCGGCACCACAGACUUUCGAAGCACAGAUUACUACCGAGCAGUUUCCGCUGUCAUUGCCAUAUCAAAUCACCCAAAACUUCAUCAAAGCACUUAAUGGCCAGAAAGACAAUUACUGGGGCGACAACUCCCUGAAGCUCGCUCAGAACCACAACGCCACUCUCUCCAUCGUGCUAGAAGAUGGCUUCACAGUCACGUUUCCUCCCGAAGUACUCAGGAACGCCUCAAACAUCACCCCUAUCCAGAACCGCGACGAAGACGACAACACCCCAUUCCUCCUCGGCUCCGCCUUCCUCGGCCAAGUCUAUCUAAUGGCCGACUACGACUCCAACAACUUCUUCCUCGCUGAAGCAGUCCAGAAGAACAACAUGGUCAUGCCCGUCACCUUCUGCCCCAAGUCAACACCCGAGGCUUAUGAGCGACCCAAGCAGAACCAGUGGCAGAGCCAAGGACUGAUUGGUGCUGUGAUUGGAGGUGUUAUUGGUGGGUUGGGGUGCAUUGGUGCGUUGUACUGCCUAUAUGUUAGUUGGUUGAGGAAGUCGGAUGAGAGGAGGCUGAAGAGGGAUCUGGCAAGGAACGAGGCAGCAAAGUUGGAGCAGAUGGAUGUUGAGCCUGCGCCGAGCUUCGAGGGGCCGCCGACGAAGAGUGUGAAGGAAAAGGUUAUGUUUUGGAAGAAGGGGUAGUCUCGGGGCUUUGCUUUGUCCGUUAUACCCAUCGUUUGAACUUCAAAUCCAUUCGUUCAUAUCUGACAUCAUGCAAAUUUUAAUAAAUCAA